CUGCAGGCAGACACAAUGGCAGACGAGAGUCCAGUCCAGAAUCUCUGUGAUGAAACAAUGUGUCCCAUCUGCCUGGAGUAUUUCAAAGAUCCGGUGAUCAUCGACUGUGGACACAUUUUCUGCCAGGCCUGCAUCAUCCAGUGCUGGAAAGAGCCUGACAAAGAUGCUUUGUGCCCUCAGUGCAGGGAACCUUGUCAGCAAAGGAGCUUCAGGCCAAACCGGCAACUGGCGAAUAUUGUAGCAAUAGCCAAGCAAUUCAGUCUUCAGAUGGCCAAAGGGGCAGAAGCGUUGGGACGAGUCUGUGAGAUACAUCUGGAGCCCCUGAAACUUUUCUGCAAAAACGACCAAGCUCUCAUCUGUGUGGUUUGUGACAAAUCCAAAGAGCACAGGGAGCACAAGGUGAUUCCUAAGGAGGAGGCUUUUGAAGAAUACAGGGGAAAAAUUCUGAGUCAUUUGAAGUUUCUGAAGGAGAAGAAAGAAAAUUGUCUCUCUUCUAUAAAGAGUGGGGAAACUGAAAGCAAUGAUCUGCUGGAGAGGACAGAAAAUGAGAGGCAAAAAAUUGUGGCCAAAUUUAAGCAACUCCGUAAAUUUCUGGAACAACAAGAGAACCUCCUGCUAGCUAAACUGAAAGAUCUGGAUGAUAAGAUCAGCUACAUCAAAAAGCUACACCUUGCCGAACUCUCUGAUGACAUUUCCUCCAUAGAACAAAAGAUCAAGGAGUUGGAGGAGAAACAGAAGCAGCCAGCAAAUGAAAUCUUGCAGGACAUCAAAGAUACCUUAUCAAGGUAUGUUAUGCUGGAACCAGUGGGCUGCAUGUGAAUGGAAGUCAUGGAGGGAAAUUAUAGG